AUGCGUGAAACGUAUUAUGCAUUAGAUCAUUUCGAUAUUCAUGUUGAAGUGAGUGAUAAUACAAUAGCCAAACUAUUCUAUUGCCUCAAUGAAUUGUAUGACAAGCAAGUUGAAUUAUUCAGUUUUGUUUCAAAUGGUGAAACAAUUACUAAAGUAUUACAGAUUCCAUUGAAGUUUGCAUUUCCAUCAAGAGGAAAUAACAAAUUGCAUUUAUAUGCAAUUGAUGAAUUUGAUGCAAAAUCGGAAGAAAUUGUUGUAGAAUUUAAUUACAACCCAAGUAUUUUCGCUCCUCAAGUAAAUUAUGUCUUUGAUAGUUCAAAGACACUUUACGCAUAUCAUCAAACAAUAGAUAUCAGUGGUCAGUAUAAGUCAGUAAUGAACAGUAUCGUUACAUUCUAUUACAAGAUAAAUGACACUGAUUAUCAAGAAAUUAAAUCAUACAUCGGUUGUGAUAUGUUCAGAGAUUUCAGUUUGAAUAUUCCAGUUCCAAGAUCUGAUGCCAUGUUUGUUGUAACAAUUGAAGCCAGAACGAAGAAUGGUGCAACAUCACAGUUCAUCACUCACUUCCUCAGAGUCGAAAAGAGACCAGGCAUAUACAUGGAUACGGAUAUCAAAUUUGCUCAGAAGAAAGGAGAUGAUAUAACAAUCAAAGGAUACAUCGGAGACUUCGAUCCAGAUCAAACUUUCAAAGUCUAUUAUUCAUUAGUUCCUAUGGAAAGCAAGAAGAGAUUACAAGAAAUCGAAAAAGUAUUAGUUGGCGAACUAUUAGUCGAUGAUAGGCUGCGCUCUGACUCAUUUUCAUUUAAUGUUAGUGUUCCAACAACAGCAGAGAAAAAGAAGAUGAAGAUCUGGGCCGAAUCAAAUGGAGAAUCUGUUGCUUCUGCUCUCAAUGAAUCUAACUUUCUCAAUAUCCUUCCAACCAUAGAAUUGGUAGGUAGUGUUGAUAAGAACUACUAUCCAUCUUCGAAUAUUGAUCUUGAAUUGAAUCUUAAAGAUGAUUCAUCUGCGAAAAUUAUGAUUAUCAUUGACGAAAAUGAUAUGAAUAACUUGACAGAUUAUAUCAUAUGCAACGAUGAAACAGUAAAUGUCAAGAAUACAAUAGAGAUUAAUCAAUUAUCUCUUAGUGAAGGGCCGCAUUCACUCAAGAUAUUUGCAAUCGAUGAUGAAAAUGCAUUUUCUAAUAUUUUAAUGUAUGGAAUUGUUAUUAUUGAAGGAAAACCUCCUUCGAUUGAAAUAGAAAGUAUAGAAGAGAAACAUAAUAUUCUUGGAAAUGAUCUUUUGACAUUGAAUUGCAAAGUUCAUAAUGAAGGAAUGAGCGAUAAAAUAACAGUCAGUCUUACAAUUAAUGAUCUCUCUGAAGUUAUAUUCACAUCGAAUUCUAAAAAUGAAAUGUAUGUAUUUAGUCACCAGAUUACAGUUCCAUCAGGUGCAGGAACAAUCAAAUACGAAUUACAAGCAAUUGAUAAAAACGAUAUCAAGAGUUCAAUUAUUGAAGGAAACUACACAAAGAAAGAUCCAGAAGAUUAUACAGCAACAACAUCAUAUCAGAUCGGCGAAGGUGGAAUACCAUUAGAGACGAAAUUAAUUUCUGCAAUUUACAAGUGGUUCCCUGAAAUAGAGUCAUCCACGAGGAAGAUGAACAUUCUUUUGAAGUAUGUUGAAGACAAUUCAGAUUCACAAGAAAUGAAUUCGAUUCAAGUUGACAACGAAAUGACAUUAGAAUCAUUCAAAUCAUCACAUGCACAAAAUGCUAUUUCAGGUAUAUUCGAAGUCUUGCUUAAUGAUCAAAAUACUAAUGAGAAGAUUGUUGCAAUGAAGCAACCUGUCUUGUUCUACAGACCACCUGAAUUCGAACUAAUCACACCUUUGCAAGGUAAAUACUAUGGAAACGCAUUCAUAAACGUCGAAAUUCUUAUUAAAUCAAAUAUGAAUGUUCAGAUCAGAUAUAAGAUUGAUGAUGAUGAAUACAAGAAUCUAACAGAUAUUCUCUCUGUUCAGAAUGAAAUGAGCACAAGAAAUCAAAUUGAAAUCGAAAAGGAUUCACUAUCUUAUGAAAGACAUUCAUUGAAUUUGUUUAUAAUCGAUCAAUUUGGUCAAGAAACUCCAUAUCUGACCAAAUGGUUCUAUUAUUAUAACUUAAAUACGCCAACAUUGAUUCUUGAUCCAGCUGAAGAUCCAGAAUAUAUUUAUUAUCUUGGAGAUGAAAUUCCACUCAAAGGCACAUUGAAUGAUGAGGACGAAGAAGAUAACUUAUCUCUUUGGAUCAGUUUCAAUGAUGACCCAUUUGAGAAAAUAUAUGAAUGUGUAUCAGCAAAUCGUCCUUCAUGUCAUUCAUUCGAUAAAAAUGUUACAGGAAGAGGAAUCAACGGAACAAAUACUAUCACUCUUAAUGUUCAAGAUAGUGGCAAGAGUACAUCUAAGAAUGCUAUUCGAACAUUUAAAUUUAUCAACACAUCAAGACCUAAUCCUAAUGAAGAAACGCCCGACCCUGAUGAAGGCAACUCUACAACCAGUGGAAAUGAAACAUCAGGAGGAGAAAAAACAAAUCCAGAUCAAGGAAACUCUACCACAUCAGGAGGAGGAAACACAAAUCCAGAUCAAGGAAACUCUACCACAUCAGGAGGAGGAAACACAAAUCCAGAUCAAGGAAACUCUACCACAUCAGGAGGAGGAAACACAAAUCCAGAUCAAGGAAACUCUACCACAUCAGGAGGAGGAAACACAAAUCCAGAUCAAGGAAACUCUACCACAUCAGGAGGAGGAAACACAAAUCCAGGAGAAGGAAAUAAGCCAGUUGAAAGCAAAUCUGAUUUCCCAGAAAGAACACUACCUGUUCCAAUUCCAACCAAAUUACCACCAGAUUAUGAUGGAGAAACAACAGAAACACUAAUCCAAACUUAUACAAUCGUAAACACAAUUGAUGAAAACGGAAAAGAAACUAAAACAUAUCAAGAGACAUUAAUACUUUAUCAAAUUGCUAAUCAAGGACAAGGAAGUAAGUGA